AACAGCAACCGCAACAGCAACAGCAACAGCAAUAGCAAUAGCAAUAGCAAUAGCAAUAGCAAUAGCAAUAGCAAUAGCAAUAAUAAUUAGAACUUCAUUCUUCUCUUCACAAAGAAAAAAAAAGAAAGAUCAUACAUAAUGCAAUUGACCAUUGACAUCAUCCAGUCAUUCUUAUUUGACCUUCCUUGGGUUUCCCAAUUCUUUCUCGCCAUCAUUGGCGUUCUUAUGGUCGCAUUCUCUCUGGCACAUACAUUCGCCUUCAACAAUGUCGGCUUCUGUGCGUCACUCGUAGACACAUUUCUGAUAAUCAAAAAAUGCCCACCAGAUCUCGGUUUCCACAUCCUCUGGCCACACGUAUCGAAUUCAGUCGGUCGAUUGGCAGUCGACUAUGGAAGUUUGAUCUUCAUGCGAGAUUCUGCCAUCUGGUCGGGUUAUCUCUUGUCCUCAUUGGCAGGCAUGCGCAAUAAUAUGGACUCUUCUCAGACAAGAGUCAAUUUUUCAGACAAGUCGUCCACGUCUGCCUCGAUCGGAUCCUUGGGUGCCGAAAAGUCUUCGCUCUUUUUACCAUUUGACGAAAACGAUAUCUGUCUACUCGCAAAGCACGACGAUGGCAUGCCAACCCAGCCGCUCGUUGCAGGUCUUGCCAACAUUGGAAACUCAUGUUUUCUAAACUCAGUUCUUCAGGCAUUGUCCUCCCUAACACGGCUUCAAUCCCAUUUGGAUCGCAUGAGUAGAAUGCCAUAUGGAAAACCAUUGCCGGUUACACGAUCGCUGCUAAAGACUCUCCGCCUCUUGACUCGCCCGAUUCACAAAUCGCUGGUCCUCAAACCGACCGAGAUCAUCUCUGCGCUCGAAUCCAAAAGUCUCCUGAACCGCGAGCAGCAGGACGCCGAAGAACUCUUUCAGCUGGUCUCAAGCCAGAUCGACCAUGAACGCCGACUGGUUGAAGCAACCGGCCGCACCGGGGGCGGACUCAAGGACAUACUCAACAAUUCGUUUUGGAAACCAGCCGUGGCAGGAAAAAGCAUCUUUUCUGCAAAGAGAUCGCUUACAUCUACCGGAAAUGGUUGCUCUGCAAAGAUCGAAAAUCCAUUUACUGGUCUUUUGGCUAGUAGGUUAUCGUGCAUGCAAUGCGGUUACACUGAAGCAGUGCGCCAUUUUUCCUUUAAUAAUCUACAGCUCAACCUACCUGAAACUUGCAGCACCACACUCGAGUCAUGCCUAGAACAGUUCACGGCGAUGGAGUACUUGAGCGACGCCUCAUGUCGUAAAUGUUCACUUAUUAAUGCGAUGCAGGAGAUGUCUGUGGAAGCAGAGGCGUUGUCACAAAAACUUGUGACGAUUGCUGACGACACGGUGGCCACAGAACAGAUCCAGGCGCAUGUGUAUGAGCUCGACAAAGCCUGCCGCACACUUGAAUCCCGGCUGAACGCCAACAUCGUCGAUGACGUCCAAGAAGUAGUACCAGCUGGCUUGAAUGUACCACGGACGGUCAGCCGAGCAUCGUCAAAGCAAGUCAUGAUUGCCAAACCGCCCAAGAUUCUCUGUCUGCACAUCAACCGUUCCUCGUUCCACCCAAGCGGCAUGAUUGUCAAGAACCCUUGUCAGGUCAAAUUCCCUGAAUAUCUCACUCUCUCUCCUUACAGCACCACAAACACCCUAAACACUCAGCCUCAACUUCCAAUCUCUACUCACAACAGUAUUGUAAAUCAGAAUGAGGAUUUCUUUUCUGGCGUUGGCGUUGGGGCUGGUGCUGGUGCUGGUGCUGGUUCCAGUACCAGUGCUGAUAGUAAUGCUACUCCGGGACCUCGGUACCGUUUGAUGAGCAUCAUUGUUCACUAUGGUAGUCACAACAGCGGGCAUUUUAUUGCACACAAGCGGCAGAUCAGCCCGGUUAAAUGUAAUUGCAGUCGAUGUGUGGCAACAGCAACCGCAACAACAGUAACUGCAACAGCUACAACGACUAGCACAAACACUACAGCCAUCGGUAGUGGUAUUAGUAGCCGGUCAUUUGAGCCUUGUUUUGAAGCCCAAGAUAGAUGGUACAAGGUUUCGGAUGAAUCGGUUGAGCCAACGACCCUUCAGAAUGUACUACAGGCAAACCCCUACAUGCUUUUGUAUGAAGAAAUCGAAGAAAAUGAUGUGGAUACUGAAACAAAUUCGCAAACAAUCGUGGCUGAAUCGAGUUUUGCAGCAGCAACAACAGGAAAGGCAGCAGUGGUGGCAGCAACGACUUCUGAUAUUGAUAUUGAUGUUGAUAUCGAUACUGCUGAGCCAUUUAGACCAAACAAGCAACAAGAUUCAAUCAAAGCUGCUGUUUCGUCUUCUUCGCCUUCUGCAUCGUGGCCAGAACUUUAUAAUAGUAAUAAUAGUAGUAGUAAUAAGAAUAAUAAUGAUCAGACAUCUGAGUUGGCUUCACUUGAGGCUCUGAGGAUAGCAAACACACUACUUUCAGACGAUCAACAGCAACAGCCUGGUCCCAAAGACCAGCGACAAUUGAAAAGGCCAAGCAUGCCUUCGUUGCAAUGGAAUCAUCACAGAGCAAAAGCAAUGGUUCAUUAAUAUGCAUAUCUAUAUAUGUGUGUAUAUAUGUAUAUCAUAGACAAACCAACCAACCAACCAACCAACCAACCAACCAACAAAAAAACAACAACAAAAAAACAUUCAUGGUCUAGUACCCUCCCUCCCUUCCUUCCUUCCUUUUCAUUCUUUUCAUUCUUUAUUUCAUUCAUUUCAUUGUUUCUUUCGCUUGUUAGCUUCUCCCUCUGUCUUGUCAAACCCUCCCUCCCCUUUUCUUUUAUAUUUUACUAUUAUCAUUCUUUUGUGUAUUUUUAUUAUCAGAAUUUCAACCUUAAUAUUGCAUUGCAUUUAUUCUUUCUCUCUUUAUUUUUAUUUAUUUCUUAAAUGAUCAACUUUUCAUGUCAAUCAAAAAAUAGAUAUAGAUAGACAGAGGUAUAGAUAGAUAAAUAGAGGGAAAGAAGAACAAUUAAAAUGUUUAGUAAAAAAAAAGAAGCAAACAAAGAAACAAUACAUAAGAACCAUUUGGUUUGAUUCGAUUCGAUUCGAUUUGAUCUUCUUCUU